CUUCUGGAGACUACCAUCAUGUCUUUGUAUGAAGACAUGUUGCUUUGCAAUUAUCGAAAGUGUCGCCUCAAGCUCUCUGGCUAUGCUUGGGUUACUGCCUGCUCUCACAUUUUCUGUGAUCAGCACGGUAGUGGUGAGUUCAGUCGUUCACCAGCUAUCUGCCCUGCCUGCAACAGCACCCUUUCUGGAAAGCUAGAUAUUGUCCGUACAGAACUCAGUCCAUCAGAGGAAUAUAAAGCUAUGGUAUUGGCGGGGCUCCGGCCAGAGGUUGUAUUGGACAUCAGCUCUCGGGCAUUGGCCUUCUGGACAUACCAGGUACACCAGGAACGUCUCUAUCAAGAAUAUAAUUUCAGCAAGGCCAAGAGCCAUCUGAAACAGAUGGAAAAGAUAUACACACAGCAAAUACAGAGCAAGGAUGUGGAACUAACCUCCAUGAAAGGAGAGGUCAUCUCUAUGAAGAAAGUUCUAGAAGAAUAUAAGAAAAAGUUUAGUGAUAUCUCUGAAAAACUUAUGGAGCGCAAUCGCCAGUAUCAAAAGCUCCAAGGCCUUUAUGAUAGUCUUAGGCUACGAAAUAUCACUAUUGCUAGCCAAGAAGGUUCCCUGGAACAAACUACCAUCACACAGUCUGGUGUCUUUGGCUUUCCGUUAGGGAACAGCUCAAAGUUUCCUUUGGACCAUACACCGGUUGGUAGUCGAGGAGGUGGAGAUGAAGAUGUUCAGUUCAGACCAUUUUUUGUGGAUUCCCCCACAGCACCUGAACCCGUUAACAACUUCUUUAGUUUUGCUUCUCAAAGCCAUGAAGCAGAGCAGCAAGUCUGCAGCAGGGCCUUUAAAGCAAAAAGAGUUUAGCUCGUUUCACA